AUGGAAAGUGUUUCUAUCAGUGAAGAGCCUAUUAGGAGAAGAGUAAUUAUGCAUUCUAACACUGCUAUCUUAGGUGGAAUUAGGGAUUGGCAGUUUAGUCUUGCUGGUAAGCUUUAUGCUCCGGGGGUUAUGUCUUGGCAGGAUGCUGAACGUGCAGCUAAAUUUAUUUGGCCUCAUCUUCGAAGACACAAUCAAUGGUUUGUCCAGGUGCGUGGUUUAGAACCAAAUAUUUUUGUUAUCAAGUUUAAAAUUUCAGAAGAUAAAGAUGCAAUUUUAGUUGGUGGAUCUUGGAACCUUGAUGGUCAUUUGAUUGUUUUAAAGGAUUGGAAUCCCACUAUGGAUUAUCAUCUACUGGAUUUUACGGUUUCUCCUUUUUGGUUAGAGUAUAAAUAUCUUUUACCUGAAUUCACCUAUGCUGAUAUUCUUCGAAUGUUUGGUAUUAUUGUUGGGGAAGUUAGAGUUAUAGAACCAGAUGGUGUGAACCCUCCUACAUCCUCUAAGUAUAGAGCUCUUGUUCUCAUUAAUGUUAACACUCCCCUUAUUACUGUUAUAACUACUGCUAAUGUUGCUGGUAGCCCAUUUUGCCUCCUCAAAGGGAAUCCUGAGCAAGAAGCGCAACUCUUUCUACAACAUGGAUCUCAGAGGCAUGAUAAACUACGAAAACCUAUUGAACAACAGCCUAGACCCCUUGAUGGUAUGCGCCUUUCAAUCUUCUCAGCCACUGAUUCAGGUUCUGGUGCUUCCUCUUCAUAUCACAAUCAAGCUCAGCCCUCUUCUUCUUUGAGACCAUCUUAUACUAUGACUAGUGACGGUGUUAGUACUAGUGGUGUUAAGAAAAGAUAUCGUCGUACACCUAUUUUGGUUAUAACUUCUGAGCCGCAUAUUCCUGAUGCUGAUUUGGAUGACAAUGUGGUUACUUCUCAAGUGGAUGAUACUGUCUCUGUUGAAGAUGAUACCACUGCUUCAGCCAUGGAUACUGUUUGGGACAUUGUUGCAGCCUCUGCUUAUAAUGCACAGAAUCAUACUGAUGCAUGGCAACAGGUGAUUGUCAAAACUUAUCCUUCUUUAUUCAUUUUUUCUUUGUUUUUUCUUUUGUUGUUUUCUUGCAAUCUUUUUUUGAAUUUAUCUGUUAUUACCGUCAUGAAAAUUCUUUCCUGGAACUGUCAAGGUAUAGGUAACCCUCAUACCCGUGAUUAUCUUCAUUUCUGUUUGACCAACAAUGACCCAGAUAUUUUUUUCUUGUGUGAAACCAAAGCUCAGUCUAAUAAUAUGAGAUUUUAUCUUUCUAAAACUAAAUAUCCUCAUUACUGGUUUCAUCCCUCUUUGGGUCUCUCUGGAGGUAUCUCUCUUGGCUGGAAAAAUGGAAUUGAUAUUGAAAUCAUGCAUACAACCUCUAAAACUAUCCAUGUUAUUGUCCAUGCUCAUGAUAAUAAUAUGGAUUUCUUGAUAACCUUCAUGUAUGGUGCUCAUGAUGAUACAGAAAAUGCUAACCAGUGGCAAUAUCUUAUUAAUAUGCAUUUGUUUGUUGAUCUUCCUUGGGUUCUUCUAGGUGAUUUAAACUUCACCAUGCAUGACUCCGAAACACAUAGCUCUAGUGUCACUCAUCCUCAUCAUGCUAGACAUGUUAGAAAUUUUGUUCAGCAACUAGGUCUCAUUGACUUAGGUUACUCAAGAGCUGACACAACUUGGUCAAAUCAUCGUAGUGAAGAUGAUCAUGUCUCUGCUCGUCUAGAUAGAGCUUUAGUGAAUAAUCGCUGGAUCAACCACUACACAAAUGCACAUUUUCAACAUUUAGUACCUGUUGCUUCGGAUCACAACCCGAUUUUGCUACAUACAGUUCCUUCUGCUACAAAACAUUCUCCUUUUAAACUCUACAAGUGUUGGUUUAAAAUGGAUUCUUGUACUGAUACUAUUGCACGCAGCUGGAAGCAACGAUUUUCGGGGUCUCCUUCGUUUCAGUUUUCUAGUAAAUUAAAACUAACCAGAACUCAGCUGCAGAUAUGGAAACGACUUUCUUUUGGCAACAUCGAGAAUAACCUUCAAAAUAUUCAGAAGCAGCUACAAUUUUGCUAUGACCGCAAUUUGCCUUCUUCUCAUCCUCAAGUUAAGCAUCUAAGCUCUUCCUUGCAGCAAUGGCUUUUGAUUCAAAAAGAGUUCUUCAUGCAAAAAGCAGGUGAUAAAUUUCUUGAAGAAGAUAGAAACACUUCUUAUUUUCACUCGAUAGUCAAUUACAAUAAGAGAAUGUCAACUAUCAAUUCUAUCCAGGGUCCCUUGGGCAUUUGGUUUGAUAGCAGAAGUGAUAUUGAAGCUAUAUUUACUAACCAUUUUAAGAAUAUUUCUACUUCUUCUACGCCUCAGAUUAAUAACGAGAUUCUGCAGCUUUUUCAACCUUGUGUUUCAGAAAUACAGAACAAUUGCCUUAUCCAGGUGCCUCAUGCUCAAGAAAUAAAGGAUGUGGUAUUUCAAAUCAAGCCUUGGGCUUCUCCGGGUAAUGAUGGGUUCCAAGCUGGAUUUUAUCAACAUUGUUGGGAUGUUGUUGGCACUGAGGUAAUAUCCAUGGUUCAAUACUUUUUCACUCAUAAACAUAUGCUCAAAGCCAUCAAUCAUACAUAUCAGGUUUUAAUCCCUAAAAUUUCAAACCCAAAAACACCUGCUGAUUACAGACCCAUAAGACUGUGCAAUGUUAGCUAUAAAAUUAUGUCUAAAAUUUUAGCUAACCGUCUUAAACCCCUUCUUCCUGAUAUUAUCUCCCCUACUCAAACUGCCUUUGUUGCAGGAAGACAUAUCCAUGACAAUAUCAUUAUUGCUCAUGAGAUUUUGUUUAGUAUGAAACGUAAAAAGAUUAAGAAGGCUUUGGUUGGUUUGAAAUUAGACAUGUCGAAAGCUUUCGACAGGGUUGAAUGGUCAUUUCUGCUUUCCUUCUUUCGGCAAUUGGGUUUUCAUAGUGAUUGGAUUAGUUUAAUAGAUCAGUGUAUUUCUACUUCAAAUAUUUCCAUUCUUAUCAAUGGCAGUCCUUCUUUAACUUUUUCUCCGACUCGGGGUAUUCGUCAAGGAGACCCGUUGUCUCCUUUUUUAUUUCUUUUUGUCAUGGAAGCAUUUUCUAGACUUUUGCAGCUUAAUGUGGACUCUGGUUGUCUUUCAGGGAUUAGAAUUAAUCAUCACUGCCCUUUAAUUAAUCAUCUGUUCUUCGCGGAUGAUUGUUUGUUAUUUUUUGAAGCUGAUUCUACUCAAAUGCAGCAGCUUCAACACUUGCUUCAUAUAUUUGGACAAGCUUCAGGUCAGGUGAUAAAUAUGCAGAAAUCAACCUUAUUUUUUGGCAAGCACACUUCUAAUGCUCAUAAGUCUAAUAUCAUUGGUAUUCUUGGUAUGAAAGUUAUGGGACUUGGCGAAAAAUACUUGGGUAUACCUCUUCUGCUGCAUAGAUCCAGACAUAAGAACUGUCAGGGUGUUAUUGAUAACAUGAAUAAUAGAUUGCAGGUUUUCAAACUACCUGAAGCAACUCUUCAACAAAUGGAAAGAAUUCAGAGAAGCUAUUGGUGGAACAGUUACAUCAAGCCACGUUCUCAAAAGUACAUUUCUUGGAGAAAGGUGUGUUUACAUAAAAGGAUAGGUGGUUUAGGACUUAAAAAUUUAUGCAACUAUAACUUAGCUUUUCUUGCGAAACUAGCUUGGAAAUUGUUAUAUAACCAAGAUGCUUUAUGGGCGAAGUUGUUGAAAGGUAAACAUUUUCCUCAUCAUGACCUGCGUUUCUUCCCUCCACCGGUUAACUUAAAUUCAAGUUGGAUUUGGCAAAGUAUCUUUAUUUGGCUCGAGAUUGUGUUGAAAAAUGCUAAAUGGCAAGUUGGUAAUGGAGCUCAUAUCAACAUCUGGACUUCUAACUGGAUUCCUUCUCUGAAUUCUGCUUUACAGGACUGGGGUGAUUUGAAUACUUCUAACUAUCAGUUGGUUUCUGAUCUUAUAGAUACUGAUACUGAACAGUGGAAUGUGUCACUUCUUCGCCUUCUCUUUACAGCUGAUCAGGUGAACUCCAUUUUAACCAUUCCCAUUCAGUUAGAUCAAGAGGAUAAAUUAAUCUGGCCCUUUACAACCACUGGUAUUUUUACUACUGCCUCAACUUAUAAGAUGUUGUGUGAUAAAGAUAUCCUAACAGAUAACUCCAUGGGUUUAUCUCAACAUUUUUGGUUAUCUUUUUGGAAGUUGAAAGUACCUUACAAGUUUCAGAUUUUCCUGUGGAGAGCUAUUCACAAUGCUAUUCCAGUCAAAGCAAGAAUUUUCACCCAUGUGCAUAAUGCUGAUUUACACUGUGUACUUUGCAACCACAAUCAAAUGGAAGAUCUGGACCAUCUAUUACUUCAUUUCCCUUUCUCUAGGGCAAUAUGGCAGUAUUUUUUACCUCAUCAGUUUCACUUUACUUUGCAACACUCUUCUCUCUUAUCUUGGAUUCAGACUUGGAAACUCAAAGACUCCAUCAUCAAUAUCAAGAAGUCCCCUGAGAUUGUUCACUUAGCUAUGUGCAUCAUGCAUUUCAUAUGGAAGCUUCGAUGUAGUGUUGUUUUUAACAGUACCACUCCCAACCAUAACUCUGUAGUCCAUCAGGUCACUUCAUACAUUCUCCAGCAUCAUCUAGGAAACACUCCUGCUAACUACAAUCAUCCUAAUGUUCAUAAUAAGCUUUUACAUCAUAAAUGGGAACCUCCUCCUUUGCAUUACCUAAAAAUUAAUAUCGAUGCUUCUUAUAAUUCUAGUUCUUUGUUAGCUGGUAUUGGAAUUAUAAUGCGGAACUCUACAGGGGCAUAUGUCAUGGGAAGGGGAGCCUUGAGAAGAGCUAGUAAUGCUCAACAGGCCGAAGCAUGGGCAAUGUUGGAGGCUAUGCAACUGGCAGAUUCAAAUGGUUGGUCUCAUGUGAUUUUUGAAUAUGAUAAUCUGGGAAUUUGUUCUUUUCUUCAACAACAAUCUUCUCUUUGUCACUGGCAGAGUAUGCCUCUUCUGCGAAAAUGUGUAAACAUAUGUACUAUUAAUCCUGGUUGGUCUUCUAGUUUUGUGUAUAGGUCUGGUAAUAAAGCUGCAGAUGCAAUAGCGAAGGCAGCUUAUAAACAUAAUCUAUGUGGGGAUUGGUGGUUUCAUCCACCUCCUUUGUUAAUUCCCUACAUAAAUUGUGAUGUAUCAAUUACUCAUGUUUAA